AUGGCGCCCGAGAACACGUUUUCAUCCUGCUGCCUCAAAAGCUUCGCGUGGGAUGAGACCCCCACAGGGCAUGACACCACCCUCUCCAACAUUCCAACCUACAUCACUGGCACAAACCCCAACGCCGCAGUGCUCUAUAUCCAUGACGCUCUAGGGUGGAAAUUUAUCAACGCCCGUCUCCUCGCCGAUCACUUCGCCCGAGAGGCGAAUGUAACAGUCUACAUACCCGAUUUCUUCGGGGGGGAGGAACUGGACCAAGUCGCGAUUCUCGAAGGAAGAUUCCAUGACGUGGACUUGAGGGGCUUCCAGACGCGCAACGCCCGCGAGGUACGCGAGCCGGAAAUCUUCGCCUGCGCAAAAACCCUUCGUGAAAAUGGGUAUAAGAAGAUCGGGGCUGUAGGGUACUGUUUCGGUGGCUGGGCUGUCCUUCGUCUCGCUGCCAGGCCUCCACUUGUCGACGCUGUCGUUGUAGGUCAUCCAUCGUGGCUCACCGAGAGCGAUUUGGAAGGCAUUUCCGUGCCGGUGCAGUUCCUGGCUCCAGAAACGGAUAGAGUAUUCACAGAUGAGUUGAAGUUGCAUGCGUUUCAGAAAUUGGUGCUGGGCAAGCCGCGUGGGGUGGAUGGGAAGGGCUUGCCGGUCGAGUGGGUGCAUUUCCCUGAUGUGGCACAUGGGUGUUUGACGAAGGGGGAUGAGAAGGUCGAUGGGGAGAGAGAGGCUAUGAUUAGGGGGAAGGAUGCUGCUGUGGAUUGGUUUAGGCAAUGGCUGACUUGA